UUUUGUCUAUAAUUACCUCUCUUGUUCAACUCAGGGUGAUUGUGGUGUGAUUUCUUUACAAUAAUUUUUUGGGUUUACUAAUUCUAAAACAAUGUCCGCUAUAAGCCUAUUAAAUCCUAAAGCUGAGUUUGCGAGAGCAGCUCAAGCUUUAGCUGUGAAUAUGUCAGCCGCAAAGGGCAUUCAAGAUGUAAUGAAAACUAACCUCGGUCCUAAGGGUACAAUGAAAAUGUUGGUGUCUGGUGCUGGAGAUAUAAAGAUAACAAAAGAUGGAAACGUGUUGCUUCACGAGAUGCAGAUCCAACAUCCAACUGCUUCGCUCAUCGCUCGCGCUUCCACUGCUCAAGAUGACGCUACCGGCGACGGCACCACCUCCACUGUUCUGCUGAUUGGAGAGUUGUUAAAGCAGGCUGACAUUUACAUCAGUGAAGGUCUGCACCCAAGAAUCCUCACUGAAGGUUUUGAUGUUGCCCGCACUAAGGCUCUCGAAAUAUUGGAGUCUAUGAAAAUUCCCAUUGAGAUUAAGAGAGAAAAUCUGCUUGAUGUUGCUCGAACUUCAUUGAAAACUAAGGUGCAUCCAAGUCUAGCCGAUGUGCUAACUGCUGCCUGUGUGGAUGGUGUGUUAGCCAUACGCACGCCUGGCAAGCCUGUUGACCUGCACAUGGUGGAACUCAUGGAGAUGCAACACAAGACUGCUACAGAGACCACACUUAUCAAAGGUUUGGUGAUGGACCAUGGAGCUCGUCACCCAGACAUGCCAAAACGUGUUGAAAACGCCUACAUCUUAACAUGCAACGUUUCCCUUGAAUAUGAGAAGACAGAAGUUAACUCGGGCUUCUUCUAUAAAUCAGCAGAGGAUCGGGAGAAACUUGUUGCAGCUGAGAGAGAUUUUAUUGACCAGAGGGUUCAAAAGAUCAUUGCUUUGAAGAAAAAAUUGUGUGACGGUACCAACAAGUCAUUUGUGGUUAUAAACCAGAAGGGCGUCGAUCCCCUUUCACUAGAUGCUUUUGCAAAGGAGGGUAUAAUUGCUCUCCGUAGAGCCAAGAGACGCAACAUGGAACGCCUAGCUUUAGCCUGCGGAGGUACAGCCAUGAACUCCGUGGAAGAACUGUCAGAAGAACACCUUGGUUAUGCUGGAUUGGUUUAUGAACACAUUCUAGGAGAGGACAAGUAUACAUUCGUUGAGGAAUGCAAGAACCCUCAGUCCGUCACAAUUCUUAUUAAAGGUCCCAACAAACACACUCUCAUUCAGAUUAAAGAUGCUGUGCGUGAUGGCCUUAGAGCAAUCAACAAUGCAAUUGAAGAUAAGUGUGUGAUGCCCGGUGCUGGCGCUUUCGAAAUCAAAGCUAACAUGGAACUGCAGAAGUUUAAGGACACAGUUAAAGGCAAGGCUCGUCUUGGCAUCCAAGCAUAUGCUGAAGCUCUAUUAGUUAUUCCGAAGACCUUAGCUGUGAAUUCAGGGUUUGAUGCUCAGGAUACGAUUGUAAAACUUCAAGAGGAAUCGCGUCUUAGCCCUGACCCUAUUGGUUUGGAUUUAAGCACCGGUGAACCGAUGAAGCCAGCCGAUUUAGGAGUAUAUGAUAAUUACAUUGUGAAAAAACAGAUUAUUAACUCCUGUUCAGUUAUCGCCAGCAACCUCCUUCUCGUAGAUGAAAUCAUGAGAGCUGGAAUGUCUAGCCUUAAAGGAUAACUUUUUAGUAUCACUGAUUUGCUUAUCCAUUAAAAUGUUUAAUUUACUUCUAACAUGUAAUCUUUUAGUUAACAAUGCAUUUGUUGCAACUGUAAGCUGUCUUGACUGGGUUAAUGGUGCCUAGUGCUUAAAAUUUCAGCAUUAUUUUAAUGAAAUAUAAUUGCUUAAUAUUAAUAAAUUAAUUAUUACUAAAGCUAAUAAAAACCUUAAAAAAUAA